AAAAAACAGGAGACGGAGAAGAGGUACAUGCUCGCUUUAGACAACCUCAAGGUCAGAGAUGUAGAGAAGGGCUUCAUGUCCAGCAAAUUCGCCUUCGCCCUCUUCAAUUCUGAAUCAAGGAACGUGUACAAGGACCACAAGUUUCUGGAGCUGGUCUGCAACUCUCAGGAGGAGCUGGACAUCUGGAAGUCCUCUUUGCUCCGGGCUGGCGUCUACCCAGAGGAGGUCACGGUGAGUACCCUGACCCCUUUGGAGAACACCCGUUGUGAAUAA